UCAGUACACUACACAAGCUAGGUUAUAAAGUAUAAUGUCUUCUUCUGCUUUAUUGAAAGGUUCUGGGAGCACCAAAUUCUCUGAUCGAUGGCCAGGGAUGCAGCCUGUAGUCCUCAAGCUUCUAAAACAAGAGCAUGUAACUAGGGAUGAGUGGCAGGACCUAUUCUGGGAGGUACACUCUGUGUGCAGCUGGGACGAGAAGGCAUCGGUUAAAAUACAGAAGUCCCUGGAGACAGAGAUCCUCACCUUCAUCUCAGACGCCAACAAGAGGGUUCAACUGCAUGAGGAAGAGUCAGCGCUACUCAAGGCAUAUAUCAAUGAGUGGAGCAAGUACUUCACUCAAUGUGGGUAUCUGCCCAAACCGUUCCAGGCCAUGGAGAUAGAGGGAGCAAGUCACAAGCCAAAGAAGAAAAAUCAAGAGGGAAACAGAGUGCAGCAACUGAUGCUCAAGGGUUGGAACACUCACAUCUUCAACAACGUGAGGGAGAAGCUCCUCUCUGCUGCUAUGAAGCUGCUCUAUGCUGAGAGGAGUGGGGAGGCCUUCGACUCUCAACUUGUCGUCGGUGUCAGGGAAUCCUUUGUUAACCUGAGCACUGAGGUGACCAACAAACUGAGGAUCUACCAGGAGCACUUUGAGCGGCAGUACAUCGACUCAACUAGAGAGUUCUACAAACUACACGGAUCUGAUUACAUGACUGAGAACGGAGUGCAGAACUACAUGAGAUAUGCUGACCAGAAACUGACCGAGGAGGAGCGUAGAGCUAACAGGUACCUGGAAACCAGGAAGGGCUGCUCAUCUGUCAGUCAGCUCAUGGAUGCUUGUGUGGAGGUCCUGGUCAAGGAUCACUGUGAUGUCAUCGUGGCAGAGUGCCCCAAACUCAUUGCAGCUUAUCAAGUUGAGAAGCUGAGUUUGAUGUUUGGGCUGAUGGAUCGUAUCCCCAAUGGAGUGGAGCCGAUGCUCACCUUUCUAGAGUCUUACAUCACUCAGAGUGGGGUUGAUGACAUGAAGGCCUCUGCUGAGGUCAUCACCACGGAUUCUGAGAAAUAUGUAGAGCAGUUGUUAGCCCUGUUCAACAGGUUUAGUCGACUGGCAUCUGAGGCUUUUCGUGACGACACACGAUUUCUUACUUCUAGGGAUAAGGCUUAUAAACAAGUUGUAAAUGAUACGUCGGUAUUUCGAUUAGACCUACCCAGUGCUAGAACAAGAACGGGUGCAGGGAUAAAGACACACCCAGAGUCAAAGUGUCCAGAGCUACUAGCCAACUACUGUGAUAUGCUCCUGCGGAAAACUCCACUCAGUAAGAAACUGACGUCAGAAGAGGUGGAGGGGAAACUCAAAGAUGUGCUACUUGUGUUGAAGUACGUCCAGAACAAAGACGUGUUCAUGCGAUAUCACAAGACGCACCUCACCCGCCGGCUCAUCCUGGAGACAUCAGCUGACAGUGAGGUGGAGGAGAACAUGGUGGAGUGGCUGAGAGACGUGGGAAUGCCAGCCGAGUACGUCAACAAGCUGGCACGCAUGUUUCAAGACAUCAAGGUCAGCGAGGACCUCAAUACAGAGUUCAAGGACUCACAUCGAGGAACCGACUCAACCGUUGCAGACAUGGUGAGUAUCAAGGUCCUGAAUGCGGGGGCGUGGUCUCGUAGCUCAGAGAGGGUUCCUGUAUCUCUACCCACUGAGCUGGAGGACUUCAUUCCUGACUGUGAGGAGUUCUACAAGAAGAAGCAUAACGGCCGCAAGCUCUAUUGGCAUCACAUGAUGUCUAAUGGUGUGAUUGUGUUCCAGAAUGCUGUAGGGAAAUAUGAGUUGGAGGUGACCACGUUUCAGAUGGGUGUGCUGUUUGCUUGGAACCAAAGACAAGACGACAAAAUAUCCUUUGAGAGUCUCAGAUUGGCAACGGAGCUCCCUGAUGCUGAAUUGAGGAGGACUCUUUGGUCUCUAGUGGCCUACCCAAAGAUAAAGCGGCAGGUGCUAGUGUGCGAGCCAGAGGUCAAAGGUGCACGAGAGUUCCGGGAUGGUACCGUGUUUAGAGUGAAUCAAGAGUUUGGCCUUGUAAAAGGGGGCAAGCUCCAGAAGAGAGGUAAAAUCAAUCUGAUAGGACGCCUGCAGCUCACCACGGAGAAAGCUAAGGAGGAGGACAAUGACAGCAUCGUGGCUCUCAGAGUGCUCAGAGUACAGGAGGCCAUUGUGAAGAUUAUGAAGAUGCGUAAGAAGAUCUCCAACGCAGCGCUCCAGACAGAACUGGUGGAGAUACUCAAGAACAUGUUUAUCCCUCCCAAGAAGAUGAUCAAGGAACAAAUAGAAUGGCUGAUUGAACACAAGUACAUGAAAAGAAAUGACAAGGACAAGAACACAUUCAUUUAUCUAGCUUAGCGCAGUGCCAGCCUUGCUCUGUCUGUGUGUUGAUUUCCUGUACAUUAUGUUUUCUGACCAUAACAAUUUUAAUUUGA